CCCGCAAAAAUAAAAUAAAUGCAUUGGCAACACAGUGGCGUUACUAAAUCUCUGGUCAGAUAUACAAAAGUGAAUGUUGUGUGUGGACAGCAAAAUAUAAGUAGCAUUCGUCUUUAAUUCAUUAUCGUUAGUUUCUAUUUAGAAUAGGAAUUUACAGCAAUUAAACAAAAUGAAAAGUUACAUUUAUGUUCAAAUCCUUCUAAUAAUUAUUCAAACUCUCCUUCGGAUGAAUUUAGCUCAAAGCAGAAGAUGUCAAUAUCCACUAAGACCAAAUGAUAUACAAUGGAAACAGCUUGAAGGGAAAACUUUCUACCAAACUUUGAACGAUGGGGAUGCUGUAUCCAGAGAUGUUGCCUGUACAAAAAUAUAUGACAUAACGCCCGUGAAAAAUGGAUUCAAAUUAAUUCUUGAAAAGUAUUUGUUUAGAUCGUUGGAAAAUCCCGAUGUGGUACGACUUCACGCAAAUAAAGUAAAGGGAGGAUUUUACAUGCUUGAUAAGAGCAUAGAACCAGCGAUGCUGUAUGAUAUCGUGGAAGAAAACGGUGAAAUAAAUGAAAAUGCUGUUCUGGAAAAUACCGAUGUGAUGUUCGGCGAUUUGGAAUUUCAAUUGACUGAUUAUGAGAAUUACUUUAUUGUCGUUCGAUGUUCUAAGGAAGGUCGGUGGUACUUGCGACCCCACACUAGAAGUCCAGUUCCUAAUGCAGAAGAUGUUCUUCGUAUCUGGAGAGCUUUAUACAAGAAUGGAAUCAAUCAACCACUUUUCAUGUCACACUGUUCCGAUGUGCUUCAGUUCAAUACACUCGCGUAAACAAUCAUUAACUGGAAUUCGAACCUAUCUAUAUUCCUUUUUGCAUCAUGUUCCAAUAUCUAGUAUAUUUUAUCAUGCUCUAUAGAACUAUAUAAUUUAUUCGAAAUCUACAUCGGCGUCAGAAAUGCUAUUCUCGAAUUUCUCGAUCAGCAUAUAACCCCGCCCGCUUCCGUCUGAUAUUCAACAUGUGUUGUCUGACCUGUGUGCACGGUUUCAUUUUCUUCGUGUAAAAAAUAUAGGAUUUAAUGCGAUGUGUGUAAAAUAUCUCGAUAUAAUGUGGCUUUCGGCCUUGGUUCAUUAUUGUUAAUUUCUAUUCAGAAUAAAAGUUUGAACAUAAUUUAAUGUUUCAAUUAUUAAGCGUUGUUUGUUCUUAAAUGUCGAUUAUGAAACUAUCGGCAAUACGAUCCAUAUGAACAUCA